AUGUGCACCACCAACGUAUACACCUACGUCUACUCAGACGGCCACAAGGAACAGUCUCGCCAGCCCGUCUUCUGCUCUGCAUCACGGCAGGGCAAGGUCUGCUCCAACAACGUCGUCUUCCAGCACCCCAACCAGUACAUCCAGCACUCAGAGGCAUCAUUCGGCACCUCGCCCAGCUCUCCCUUCGUCAGCCAGUUCCCGCCCACGCCCACUUACAGCCCGCGAUCUGGCACACCAAACUACCGCUCCGGCGACGAGUCCGACCGAUCGCGUCGCAGCACCUCGAGCUCACGGCGCCGCUCUGCCAGCCUCUACAUCAACGGACAGAAAGUAUAUGACCUUGGCCGCGAUGGAUCACGGCGCGAGCGCAUCGUUCUAGUUGAAGGCCCGCCCACCCCACGAACUCCUCCUACUGCCUUCAACUUCCCCAGCGCACCGCCUUCGCCCAAUGCCUCCGCCCAUGCUUCUGCCUCUCCUUCUGUCUACGGCUCUUCACCCCGCGACUCUGGCUCUAGCUUCUCCCGCCGGCCCAUCAUUGUCGAUGGCCGGGUUCCUCGGGAUGAGCGGGUUGAGCGCAAUGAGCGUGUGGAGCGACCUCGCAUCCAGGUCGAAGUAGUCGAGGCAAUCCCUCCCGCAGCCCGCUCUUCUUCCAAGCAUGAUCGCCACUCUUCCACCAGCUCCCGCGACAGCCACGGACGGAGCAGCGCCAACGAGGAGGAGACCAUUCGACACCGACGCGAGCGGGAGGAGCGACGGGCCGACAAGCAGCGCGAUGAGGAAGAGGAGCGACAGCGCCGCAUCCGCCUCCGCAUUGCAAAGGCCAACGCUGAGAUCAACAAGCGCCCGCCCGUGCCGAUGCCUCCCGCCCCCAUCCGCGCCUCCUCCUUCAAGACCACCGCAGCUGUUGGCGAUGACGAUGUCAAGAAGCUGACGGACAGUGUCAGGCGCAUGAGCUUCGAGGAGGAGCGCCGCGAGGAGAAGGCUCGCGACAUUGCCCGCAAGCAGGACCAGCGCGAGGAAGACGAGGCCCAGCGGCAGCGUCUUGCCGAGCGCAUCAGGCCGCGACGCCGCUCCACCAUCGGCUCCGGCGGCCGUCGCCACCGCGACCGCGUGCUCUACGAUGACGGCGGUUAUCGAUGGGAGUAA